AAAGUUUUGCUAUACUUUCGUACGUAUAGAUUAAUAGUAAGUGAAUAACAUUGAGGAAUGUAGUAUUAAACGUUUAAUAUGGAAAAAAUUAAAGAACAACUUGAAGCAAAAAUGUAUUUCAAGUGAAAAAAAAACGUUAAACGUUUUAACUGCUAGGUUACCAUAAUGACAUCAGAAAAUACAGAAAAACUGGUUAACCGCUAUGUUGAUACGGUUUCGCAAUCUGAAAGUCUUGAAGAAGCAUUCAAUUCAUUUAUCAUCCACUCCCCUGGUCAGGAAAAAUGGAAGAUGAAAGCAUAUGAAGAUGGAUUGAAGAACUUGUUUUCUAAUAUGCCUCAUGAUUCGGUUGAAUCAGCAGUGAAACAGUAUGUUAAAGAUGUAUCUGAACUAAGCAGUCAGAGACAGGCAACUCUUCUUCUUUCAAUGCUUGAAUUUGGUGUAUCAUCCAAUCUUCUUUCCCCAAAACUUGUCUGUGAGACAUUGCUUAUCUGUGAAAAACUCCAGUAUCAAAAUGAACAUUUCUGGCUACAGACUUUUCAGUUGGUGAGAAGAAUCAUCUCUGGAGUUGACUAUAAGGGUGUACGAGAUUUGCUGAAAAUUAUUCUUGGGAAAGCACAUACAUCUAUAAUCCCAUCCAAUAUUAAUGUGUCAGUACUAAAUCAACUAAAUGCCCUUCAGCAGGUAAUGGAACAUAUUUUUGAUCGAAAUGCUAGUCUACUUCCAAGUUACUUAGUCCUUGAUGAGGUUCAGAAGAGGCUAUGCCCAAAAGGUGGCUGGCCACAUUGGAAAUUUUCUAAGCUAAUAUCAUCAUUUAUAGAUAGUUUCCAGCCUACUGCGCAGAUGGUGUCAGUCACACGUCGAUCCAUGUUGCUACCAGUUGUUGGACAUUCAGUUGGCUUGGACAUUUGGAAGCUUGAUCCAACAACUGCAAAGUUUUCACUGCGAGGUUGUCUUCCAUUUAGAAAGGACUUGCUGAUUCCCCAAACAGCACUUUUACAGUAUGUUCUAGAGCAGCCUUACUCACGAGAAAUGGUUUGUGCAAUGUUGGGACUCAGCAAACAGUACAAGCAAAGUUGUCAAGCUCUUGAGGAACAGUUGGUGGAAUUACUACUUGUUGCAAUGGAAAGAUCUGAGAAUGAGGCAGACAAUAAUGAAGACUGGACUUCCACUCAGUUGCUGUGGCAACACCUCUCAUGUCAGCUCAUCUACUUUGUUCUUUUCCAGUAUACAAGCUUUCCCCAGAUGGUGCUGUCUUUACAUGAUAAGUUAGCUGGAAGGAAUCUGAAGAAAGGUCGUGACCAUCUAAUGUGGGUUUUAUUGCAGUUUAUAUCAGGAAGUAUCCAGAAACACCCAUUGAAUGAUUUUCUUCCAGUCCUAAAGCUGUAUGAUCUGUUGUACCCUGAGAAAGAGCCACUACCCCUCCCAGACGUAACCAAAGCUAGUGCAACCCAUAGUCUGGCCAUCACCUCAAUUUGGAUACAUCUUAUGAAACGAGUUCAGACAGAUAAAGUUAACCUUCAGAGGCCUGUGCCUCAAGCUCUUAAGACCCAUUUAGAGUUCUUGCAACGCAGUUUGAUGAGUACUGAUCUGCCUAUUAGCUUGAACACAAACUACACUGUGUCACUCUUAUGCAAUGCUUAUAGCACAAACCAAGACUACUUUUCUCGGCCUAUGGGGGUACUGGUUGAAGCUGUUUAUGGGAAUCAGAAAUCUCAACAAGCUGCACUGAACACAUCCAGCUCCACUGUUUUGGGCCCAGUUCAACCACUGUCCAUGAUUGUCCUUGACUCUCUAACUGUUCACACCAAAAUGAGCCUAAUCCACAAUAUUAUGUCCCACAUUGUGACCCAUGUUGUCAAACAAGCUCAAAGCAAGACCUCUACACCUUUGGCCCCUGCUCUAGUAGAGACAUAUAGUAGACUUUUGGUCUAUAAUGAGAUUGAAUCCCUGGGCAUUAAAGGUUUUAUAACCCAUCUGCUUGUGAAUGUGUUACGUCACCAAGCAUGGGGGACCUUGCACACCUUGUUGGAAAUGUUUACUUACCGACUUCAUCACAUUUUGCCUCAUUAUCGUAUACACUUGCUCACACAUCUUCAAAACCUAGCUACACUUUCUCAAACCAAUCAGAUUCAGCUGUUUCUGUGUAUGGAAAGUACAGCACUGAAGUUGAUCAUGAGGCUUGGUAAUGCGGAGGUGCAACCUCAGUUAUCACGCUUCCAGAGUGAGAACAGAAAUCAACCAGUCAUCUCUGCAGAAUCAGAAGAGCUCAACAAAGCUCUUAUUCUUACAUUAGCACGUGCUAUUCAUGUGACAGGAUCCGAAACGCUGUCAGCCACUUGGUGCCAAGACUUGUUGAGUAAUAUCAUGCAAAACACCCCUCUCAGCUGGUCUAAUUUCACCCUAAUGUGCUUUCCUCCUGUCUUGGCUGAGUUUUUCACUCAAUACCAAGUCCAGAAAGAAAAUAAAGCACAACUUAAACGCUCAGUGGAAGAAGAAUACAGAAAGUGGAAAACAAUGAGUAAUGAAAAUGACAUUAUUGCUCAUUUCUCUCUACAAAAAACCACUCCUCUUUUUCUUUGCCUUUUAUGGAAAAUGCUUUUGGAGAAUGAUAGAAUAAGUCCUUUAGCAUACAAAAUCUUGGAUAGAAUAGGUGCUCGUGCUCUUUCAGCUCACUUGAGAACCUUUGCAGAUUUUCUUGUUUUUGAAUUUGCAAACUCUCCUGGUGGCCAAUAUGUUAACAGGUAUAUUGAUGCUUUGAAUAACCUGAUUUGGAAGUGCCAUGUCAUUACCUUGGAUAGAUUGAUUCUGUGUCUGGCACUGAGAAGUUUUGAAGGCAAUGAAGCUCAGGUCUGUUUCUUCAUCAUUCACAUGCUCUUAUUGAGACCAGAAGAGUUUAAGAACAGGGUAUAUGAUUUUGUGAAAGAUGUAAUGGAUAUAGUCAUCCAUCGUUUUCUAGAGCUUGCACCAGUGGCUCCUGUGUCAAUGUCUGUUGAAGGAUUACUGGAUCAAUUGGGUUGUCUUUACAAAUUCCAUGAUCAUCCUGUUACAUAUCUGUACAAUACCCUUCAUUAUUAUGAACAGAAGUUGAAGGACAGGUCAACAUUGAAGAGAAAAUUAGUUUCCUCAGUUAUUGGUUCUCUGAAAGACAUCCGUCCUCGAGAUUGGGCAUUAACUGAAGACUUUUUAGCUUAUGCCCAACGCCCUCCUGAAGACAUCAACUGGAUGCCAGAACUUGACUACUAUGUUCGUCUUAUGGAACGUCUAGUAAACACUAUUAAUGGAAAGCAUGUUUUUCCACACAUGGACUGGCGUUUCAAUGAAUUUCCAAAUCCAGCUGCCCAUGCUCUUCACAUUACUGGUGUGGAAAUUAUGGCUUUACCAGUGUCAGCAACUACAGUGGGAUCCAGCCUCCUUGAUGUGGUCCUGAAAGGCCAUGCAGUGUUACCUCGAGCCAACAUUUCGUCCUGGAUGAAUGCUGUUGGAUUAACUCUCACAGCUCUACCUGAAAGUUACUGGUCUUCUCUGCAUAAUAAGAUCUUAGAAAUGAUUCAGAGUCCACUUCUUAGUUCUCCGUCUCCUACUCUGAAUGUGUUCCAAGUAUUUGACUUUAGCAGCAACCAUGAGAGCAUGUGUGAAAUACAGUGUAGUUAUCUCGUUGCUCUUACACAUGCAGUUUGGUACCAUGCUAGCAUCGGCCAGAUGAGUGUCUUGCCUGAGUUUAUCAAGGAGCAGGUAAAACCUGUAAUAACUAAUGAAGAACAGUUUUUGUUCCUGUGCCACUUAGUUGGACCUUUUCUUCAACGUCUUUGGUCUGAGCGAACUCGUAUUGUCAUGGAUCUGACUUUAGAGUUAUACCUGAUUCUUCAGACAGUUGAUCAGUCAUGCGAGCACCUGAAUCAUUUGGUUCCUAUCUGCGACUUACUGUAUCACAUAAAGUAUAUGUUUACAGGAGACUCCAUCAAGAACGAUAUUGAAGGAAUUAUCCGGACGCUGCGUCCUUCUCUGCAGAAGCAACUGAGAUUCAUCACUCAUCUGAACAUUGAAGAGCCAGCUCUAUCAUAAAACAAACCACUUUGACUUUGUAGUACAUGGAAAUCAAUGUUUGUAUCAUUAUGUACAAAAAUAUCUAAGUUCAUUCCAUUUUCAGAAGAACAUUUUAGCUGAAAAUGAAAUAAAAAUAUUUCUGUUAUCAGGA